AUGGGCAUCAAGCCGACCAAAGAUAUUUACACUACCCUUAUCUUUUUUCAUCUUCGGCGGAAAGAUAUUUACGAGGCAUCUGUUUUAUAUAAACAAAUGACAGAGAAAGGCAUAGAACAUGAUAAUUAUUUAUUUGCUGCUUUAAUUUAUCUGCGUGGAAUACUUGAUGAUUCGGAAGGUGCCAGAAAAACAUAUGACAAAAUGAAAGAAGUUGGAAUUAUUCCUAACACAGUGUCAUUCAAUCAGCUCAUAUAUUCUCACGCUCGUGACAGAAAAGUAAGUGCUUCGCAGAUCGAAGCUUUGUAUCUCGAAAUGUUGGCAGAAAAAUUGGAGCCAAAUCAUUAUACGUUUGAACUACUUAUUGACGCAAUGUCUAAAAGACAUGCAUUUGCAAAUAUAUGUGAAGCCUUCAAUGAAAUGUCCAAAAGAAACAUUCCUAUAACAGAUGUAGCUUACAACUCUCCGAUCCGUCAUCAUGGAUUAGCGGGAAAUACGGAACUUGCUUGGAAAUUUUUCAACCGAAUGAUUUCUGCAGGAAUAGAACCAUCUAUGUAUAUAUAUACUUCUAUAAUAUCCCUUGCUACUGCAUCAUCCGAUUUUGCAAUGGCUAUUAAAGCUUUCAAAGAUCUCUUAGCACGUGGACUCACUCCCAAUGUUCAUGUUUAUUCAGCUUUUAUCACUGCGUUGGUAAAAUCAGGGAAUAUGGAUAAAGCGAUUGAAAUGUUCGAUCAUAUGGUUAACGAUGGUGUAUCUCCUAAUCAUGUGACUUUUACAUCGUUAAUUCAAGGUUUUGCGAUUAAGAGGAAUUAUGAAAAAGGUAAAGAAAUGUAUGAAAUGAUGAAAAGAUCAAAUAUUAUUCCAGAUCGAUUCACAUUUUAUCACUUGGAGAAAUUGUACAAACAAACUGGACACAUUGAGGAGAUUGAAAAGCUUUACGAAGAUAUUAAAAGAUACGG